AUGGAGAUUUAUGAGGCCUGGGGGAUGGAGACUUAUGAGGACUGGGGGAUGGAGACUUAUGAGGACUGGGGGAUGGAGACUUAUGAGGCCUGGGGGAUGGAGACUUAUGAGGCCUGGGGGAUGGAGACUUAUGAGGACUGGGGGAUGGAGACUUAUGAGGCCUGGGGGAUGGAGACUUAUGAGGCCUGGGGGAUGGAGACUUAUGAGGACUGGGGGAUGGAGACUUAUGAGGACUGA